AACGACAGCAGGACGGCACACACUACGACUACUAGCACACCUUUCAAACAUGCGGUCGCGGCAGCUUUCGACCGGUGUCAGAUAAAACAAGAAGCAGUGACGGUCGGGACUGAGGAAGGACUGAGGAGUGGGGGGGGGAAAUACACCCAGACAGCCCAGCAGAGCAGCAGAGCAAAGCCGCACGACAGCACGGAGUUGUCGCGAUGUUGUAGCUAAACCAUGGACAGCAGAAUAAAGGAGAUUCCAGACAGAACAUUUGAUCUGGUUCUACAGGUGGCAUGUCCAACAUCUGAAAAUGAAGAUCCAACCGUGCUGUGGAGCUUCCCCCAGGACCACACAGACCAGGAGGUCCUUCAGACGAUACCAAAGUUCUGCUUUCCCUUUGACGUGGAAAGGGUCUCCCAGAGUCAGGUGGGGCAGAAUUUCACCUUUGUGCUGACCGACAUUGACAGCAAACAGAGGUUUGGUUUCUGUCGACUCACUCAAGGCUGCCGUGUCUGCAUAUGUCUGCUCAGUUAUCUACCAUGGUUUGAAAUCUACUACAAGUUGCUAAAUACCCUUGCAGACUACUUAACGAAACAACAGGAAAACGACUUGAAUGACAUGCUGAAUUCUCUCUAUGAUCUGCCUGUGCCAAAGCCCUUCACGCCAGUCAACCUGAGUGUGAAUGAGCAGUUGUAUAUUGCCACUGGGCAAGUACUGAGAGAUCAGCGAAGCAAGGAGCCGCACUCCUACUUCAUCGCCCCGGAUAUCAAUGGACUGCCAACUAUCCCUGAGAGCAGGAACCUGACAGAGUACUUUGUGGCUGUGGACAUCAACAACAUGCUCCAGCUCUACGCCAGUAUGCUGCACGAACGGCGCAUCAUCAUUACCUCAAGCAAGCUAAGCACUUUAACUGCAUGUGUCCAUGGUGCGGCUGCUCUGCUAUUUCCUAUGUACUGGCAGCACAUCUUCAUCCCUGUUCUGCCCCCGCAUCUUCUGGACUACUGCUGUGCCCCCAUGCCAUACUUUGUGGGAGUUCAUCUUAGUCUGCUUGAGAGAGUACGCAGCCGAUCACUGGAGGAUGUGGUCAUUCUCAACGUGGACACCAACACCCUGGAGAGUCCCUUUGAUGACCUGCACAACCUGCCCAGCGACGUGGUGUCUUCUCUGAAGAGCAAGCUGAAGAAGCAGUCAACAGCAACAGGGAGUGGUGUGGCGAGGGCCUUCCUGAGAGCGCAGGCCGCUCUGUUCGGAUCCUACCGAGACGCCCUCAGAUAUAAACCUGGGGAGCCAAUCACUUUCUGUGAGGAGAGCUUUGUGAACCACCGCUCGAGCACCAUGAAGAACUUCUUGUCCAUGGCUGUCAACCUGCAGCUCUUCAAACAGUUCAUCGACGGACGGCUGGCCAAAUUGAACGCAGGCCGCGGCUUCUCUGACGUGUUUGAAGAGGAGAUCACAGAGGGGGGCUUCUGUGGAAGUAAUGUAAGGUCCUACCAGCAGUGGAUGCACACUGUAAAGCGAGGAGGAGCACUCUUCAACACAGCAGUGACAAAGGCCAAGAGUCAUGCCAAGAGGGGCAUCCGGGACAUUAAGGGCAGACUUAAAGCGAGGGAGGAAGAAGAAGACGGGGUGAUGGUCUGUGCUGGGUCUCCAACCAGCACCAAGAGCCUGUCUCCAAGGAGACUGCAGAAGAUGAGACGGAAUAACUUCAAUAAGUCCCCCAUGAGCAUGGGCCCUCGAGACCACGGCUACGGGCUCGACGAUGACGAGCUGGACAGCGCGAGCAAGAUCUCCUCGGAGGAUAGCGGUGAUGUCCCAUCAUACACCGAGGACAGUGAUGACUCCUACUCGCUAGAACUGGACAUGGACUCUUCUCGCUCAGGUCAGAUGAACCUGCUGGAGGAGAUCCUUGACUCUCUGAACACCUCAACGUUGGAGCAAGGCAAACUCAGCGCCGCAAAGAGCCUGGACUUCUUCAGGUCCAUAGAGGACUUAGACUACAAGCCCCCGAGCAAGCCCAUCACCUUCAAUGAGUCUAAACCUGCAGAUGUGAGUAGUGGUGGUGGAGGUGUGGAUCAGGGCAGCUGGAAUAUGGGCCAGGAUGACAGCGCGGUCCACGGGAAACAUCUCCCCCCGUCCCCUCGCAGACAGCCCAACAAGAGCAGCCUGAAGGCGUCAAAGAAACCAACGACAGCUCCUCCGUUGCCCCCCGUCAAGACUUCACCUCCUGCCCAGAACUCUGAUGUCCCCAAGUCACAUCCUCAUCCACCCAACUCUGACCCUCCUCUACCUCCAGGGCGCCAACCAGGAGACCGCUUCUCCUUCUCGCCCUCACUGUCCCGUAGAGUCACACAAACGCCACCCUCCCCAACUCUCUCCCACACCUUCAGUUAUCAAGUUUCUUCCCCAAUAUAUUCUCCUCUACCAACGGGCCGCUGUCGGACCAUCUCAGAACCCCAACCCAGCACAGAGCUUCCACAGAACCAGAACCAGGCUGCCUCCACUAGCAUCCUGAGGAGGAAGGUGCUGUCCAAGGAGACGGUGAGGCACUACCAGGAAAAGGCUAUCCAGAAGCAGGGGAGCAAGGACCAGCAGGAGGGGCAUCAGGGGAGCCCGGUAAGGAACAGCCAGUGCACUAAGCAGGUCCCGUGGGAGAAGGAGGUGUCCAAGGAGGGGCUCCUGGGACUCGGCCUGUGUCUGGGUCAGGGUAAAGGCUCGGGGGAUGGUGUGGUGAAGGAUCAGGGCCUUCUGGAGGAGAUUGAGUCCAUGUGUUGUCUCAGCCCGGUCCUGCACACCAGCCUGCAGCUGGCACAGGUUCACUGCAACAACAGUCACCAGCAGGUCCCAGGGAAAGCCAGCGACGAGUCGUAGAGACGUCAGAGAUGUGGUGUCUGUAACACGCCACAGGCUCCACUGAAAUCUUACAGUAUACAUAUAUAUUCUUUUAUUACAAUUACCUGCUAUCUCAGUGAACAAAAUUAACUGUCAGGAAAAAGCAUAAAAGAGUUUGAUGUCAUACAAAUAUUAAAAGAGUCACAGCCUCUGGAGCAGGAAAACAAUAAGAGAGAGACGCUUUGGUGAACCUUAAAUCCUGAAUUAUCUGCCAGUGUAGUAAAACUUUUUUCAAAAGACUUGCUUGAAGAGUAAGUAAAAGUAAGUAAGUUUAAAAAGAUGUCACUUUUUUUUUUUUUUUUACUUUCAAUACAUGGAUAAAAACAUCAAAUUAUUAAUGCAAACAGGAAAAACACGUUACUACAGUGGCAGAGUUUUCCAAAUACGAAGAAAGUGGCUUUGCGACAACUAGUGAAUUCACAAAGUGAAAACUCCUCAUGAAAACAAGUGGAUUAUUGAAGAAACAGCACUUCAAAAGAACAAACUGAAGCCAUAAUAUUGACAUCCCUCUCAGCUUUUGGAGUGCAAGAAAAUGUCUCACUUGUUUUAAAAUAAUACAAUUAAUUUAAUUUAACAAGAAAGUUUUAAAUAAUUCAAAAACAAAAGAUAUAUAAAGACAUAUUUUCAUUGUGUUUACUCUGCAUCUUUGUCUGUUAUCUAAACUCACCACAUAUUUUUCAUCCUGUAACGUUUUCACAGACCAAAACUUAGAGAGAGGAUAAAACACAAAUGACCGUUUGGUUAUAAACGUAGUAGUUAACCUGUAAAGGUGGAACUUUCCAACGACAAAUAAAAGAGAAAUCACUCAUCCCUUUGUCAGGGUUAGGAAGCGAGGAUAUGUCCUUUACAGAUAUUUUAGUGUUCCAAACAUUUCACAUGAUCAAAUCAAAAUUGCACUUUUAAAAAAAAAUACAUUAUCCGCGUCGUACUCAAACUGUUGAGCAAAACCAACGAAGUGAGACAUGAAUUUCAAGACACAAAGUCUGCUCGGGCCUUCAAAACUAAUCCUACACUGUAUGAUGCAACUGUUUUGUCUUUUUAUCACAAUGCCUUAAAUGGACAUGUGAUCUGCUUUUGAUACCUUGGUGUCUUAAUCUAUAGAUACCAUAACAGGUGCUGAGAAUCUCUGGAUAGUUCUUUAAUUCAACAGUGAAUACUUCUUUAACAGCACUGUAUUUCUCUGGAUUCAUAAAGUAGUUAGUAUUAUUAUACAGUAUAUAUAAACUGUGCUUUAAGCUGCUGUUGAAUUGCAUUACAGGUAAUGAGAUGUGCAUGUAGAAACCUCUCUCUGUCCCUCUCCUCUUCCUGCGUUCCUCAGGACACCACUGUCUCUCUGAAGAGAAGCAAACACAGUGAGUGAACAAGGAUGUCAACGGCCCAUGUCCUUUUCUGUUUUUUCUUUUUUUUUUUUAACCAUCAUCACUCUUUUCCUUACGGUGUCUCUUUCACUGUCCGGCCUUUUAAUCAUUUAACUACAUCAUCAAACUUUUCCUGUACUUGUACCUGUACUGUUUUAAAGCAUAAAUCUGGGGAUGUUCUAUGUUUUCUUCAUGGCAACCAAUCCCAUUAAUCAACGGGUUACUCUGCCCCUCAGUGCUUUCAGGUAUCUAGCUGCAAACAUAAAAAUAGGUCAGUGAUAUUUAAUUUCAGCUUUAAAUAAAGAACUGUAGUUUUCAACAACUUUUCUUCUAAAGAGGAGCAUUUUAGGGAUCUGUUUUCAGUUCCACAUUUCCUAUUUUUGUGAUAAUAGUCCUUUUGAUUUUCAAAUAAUUUGUUCAUUAGAAGAAAAAAACAUACAAUACCACCAGACUUCUCAUCAUUUCAGACUUUCUUUCUGUCUGCCUCUUUUUCUGUGCUGGCAGCAGAAAACGCACUCUCUGUCUUCUCUGUCCUGUAGGUUGGAGUCUCACACUGUACUGUAAUGCGGUGGCUGAUGAUUGUACUGUAAUGAAGCAAUACAGUUCUCCUCUAGAGAGUAGCUACUAUGGAUGUAAUGUGUACACAGUCAAAAGUAUUUUUUUAAUAGACUCUCCCGUGGAGAGAAACCCCACGUCCAGUGAUUGUGGGUUCCCAGAGAAAAGAAGAAAGCUUUUGGUGUGCUUGUGUUGGGAUUAUUACAUUUAUGGUCCGUUGUUCUUAUGAUUUAUGCCAGACGCCAGUCAGUGUGACAGUUUAAUAGCAGCUAUUUCUCCGCUUUCUUAGUGCUGCUCUGCGUUAACGAUUAGCUCAUAAAGUCUUUGGCGUGCUUCUAAAAGUCCAGGAAUCGGUCCUAUUAAUUCCAAAAAGGAGGAAAAAAAACAGACUCCAAAGCCAAUCUCUGCACUGGCCUUUUACAUUGUAAACACUUUAAAAAGCUUAUUUACUAUGCAAAUAUUUCAAAUGAUUAUAAAGGUCAACUUUACUUGAUGAACUAAUUUCAAUCAAAAUACUUUUUUAUGAGAGUAAACCUCAUGUGUCCCUGAAUAAUAAUGAUAGUAAUAAUAAUAAUAUGAAAGAAUAUAUGCAGGUGUAGGAGUGUCUAUAGGUGUUCAGGACAGAAUGGUGUGUAUGGUGUGCCUUAUAUAGUAAGAGUACCACCCAGUAUACUCAGAGCAAGGUACAGUAUUAUAGGAAGGAGAUGUAUGCAAUGUUUCAGACCACCUUCACUCUCAGUUAGGUACAUUGUGGUAUUUAUUUGAAAAAGAAAAAUCUGGUCCUUAAACUGACCUGAAGUGAACUCGGGUACUAGCUAUGCUUUUAUGGCUGCUUUGUGUUGACUUUGUGCUGCAGUCCAGCUGCAGUUACUCAGUGUUUUCCUUUUUGUUCUGAUUGGUGGGAAUCAUCCUGCCUGUGUUUAAAAGAAGAUCUCUGAAUUUCUCUUGGUUAUAUGACUUUUUGUACUUUAGGUACUUAAUUUGAUUUACCUGUAUAGUUUGUACUUUCUUGAUAUAAUUUUGUGUUUUCUUUUUUUUAACAUAUUUUACACUCUUUCUGAACUGACUGUAUGGAAUAAAAAAAAUCUCUCAGAGGAGUUUCUUUAGUGGUUUUCAUAUGGAUGAAAAAUUAUUUUCAACUGAAAAGACGAGUAUUUUUGCUGGCUUGAGUUUAUUUUACAUGGAUAAAUAUAUGAUCGGUGUUGUAUGUUGUAGAAAAAAAUGACACCUAAUAUUUGAAUGUUUUAGAUUUUAUUUUUGGAAGAAAAUAUUAACAAAUGUCCCAUGUAGCCAUUCGUGUUAAAAAGCAUUUGACACCUUCUAAUCAAAAUAAGCAGAGAUGGACGCUUGCUUGUACGUGGUACAAUGCUAAUUGUUGUAUCUGCAUGCAUGUACCUGUAUGUGCUGAAUGCUAUAGAUUUGUUUUGCUUAGUUUUAAAGUUGUCUUUUCUGUUGGUAUUUGUUUGUUUUUCAGUAUUUAGAGCUCCAUCAAAUCAAAAAUGAUGGAAACAAACAUUGGGUAUUGUGCAAAACACUCAUUUUGCCUUGCAUUGGGUAUUAUUGAGUUAAAUGCUUUCUGCCUUCUGUUUAAAGCAAUUGAACAUGUCAUAUUUGGUUAGUAGCUUCUUUAAAUCUAACUGUAGAAGUUCAUGGGAGAAAUACUUGAGUGGUCAGCUGCUAUUCACCAUAUUAGCACAGCGUCCGGUUUCCUCUUAUGCUACGCUAAGGAUGAGUAACUUAAAUGCUGUAUAGUAUGACUAUUUACCAAGUACAUAUUGAUAAAAUGUAGUGUUUCUGACCAAAUUUAUUUAUCUAUUUUAUCGCUUGUAAAAUAAGGAGCAAAUGAUUAUAGCAGACAAUUAUUAUUGACUAGCAAAGUGCCGUAUGUCGAGCUAAAACAACAUAAUACAGAACAUAGACUGCUAAUGUUAGCAUUCAGCCCUUUCCUAGUUUAAAUUCCAAAAGCUAGGAAGUUUAUUCCCAGCUAACUUUUCAUUUGCUAGGAAGUAUAUUACCUGCUAAUAUUACAGUAACUGGUAACAAUUUUCCAGCUAACAUUACAUUAGCUUCAUGGUAUAAUCCCAGCUAAUAACCAGGUAGUACAUUCCCAGCUACACAGCAUAAGUUAGGAAGUAAAUAGUAAGCUAAAGAUAUAGUAAGCCCCUACUAUUGUAGUGUUACACUGUCAUACAGUAUUGUUACCUUUCAGCCCCUUAGUAGCUAACUGUAAUAUGAGCAGGUCAUCACAUACUGUAUGUUGUUUUAACUUAAAAUAUGGCCAGAUUUCCAUUUUUAUUGUCUUUUCAGUAAUCCAUUAAUAAAGAUCUGUCAGGUUCUGUUGACCAGCAGCUUGACAUUUCAAACAGCAUUCGAGCUUCUCUGCCUGAGCUUUACAUUUAAGGGGGAAUGGCUGCUUUGUGAAUAUGGUCAAGGUGAUAUGAAAAGCUUUAGUAACUCUGGUUCAAUGGACAGCAAUGAAGAAAUUAUUGUGAAAGGAUUUGCUCUUCAGUUUCUGCAGGCUUGUGAGAAAAUACCUGAUACUUUCUAACAGCAGAGGGUAAAGAAAUCAAUUACAUAACUGUCCUGUAGUGACAAUUUUUGGAGUGAGUGGGAGGUGAGGGAUUAUGUAGCAGCUUUUACUGAGGUACUUUGGAGAAAGAUCACUGGUUUAACUCAAUGAAGAUGUUAACAACACUUUCUCUUAACCACACAUUUUAACAUUUGUAUCUUUUUAUUGUAGUGACAACUUUGGUCAAGUUACAGUGAGAAACUCAUUUUAUUCUCAUGUUUGGGUAUUGUAAUGACGAUUAACUCCUCGAUAUGCCAAUUACUGAUUUUUUGUUUCUGUGCUCACUUGCAUGUUCUUAUCUCAGAGAAACAACUGUCUUACAUAACUGAGGUCAAUCUAAUGUGCUAAUCAUGAGUAACUCGGUACAACUGCACACAAUGUAUGCACUGUGAACUGAAAAUAAAUUAUACUGUUUCAUGCA